CUAACUCUGACCAUGACCACAGUCAAAAGAGAAGUGUCAUCUGCAAUUACUAAAAAAUUCUAAUAUGCUUGCCAUCAUUCUCGUUCUUUUUCCAUCAAAUAUAGAGAAAGGAAAUUUGUUUUAACCGUCUACCAGUUUUCCAGUCUAAUCUUAGAAGCUGGAAAAAAAUAAAAAAGGUUAUAACACUAUUAUAAUAGAGUUCAGUCUGCAUAUUUUUUCCAUCGACAAAUCGGAUAGCUAAACCCAUCAUUUGGACCAAUCUUGUAUGGAUCAUUUGUUCUAAAACUGCUCGUCGUCACCCUACAAGUUAUUGGAGUUUUUGAAUUAUAAUUACGUGAUUAUCAGCCUUAUCCUACAAGUCGAAACAUUCCCAAAAUUCAACUUAUUGAUAUUAAUUUUGUUUCAACUUGCAGUAUUUAAACUGAAAUUAUGUUCCACUAAGUUUACUUGUUAAAUUGCCAGGGUCUUAGAAUCAAAGACUAAAUUCAUUAUUUAUUGUGCUGCUUCAUCUUUUAAAACUUCUCAUCAACGUGUUGUUUGGCUUUAAUUUUUUCUAAAUUAAUAUCAGUCUUUAAUCUUUUUUUUGCAAAUUAGCAAUAAAACUGAUUUCAGUCUACAAAUCUCUGCCUAUCUUCAGAAACAUGGAGUUUUGCGCAGUACCUCCAAGUAAUACACUACCGAAUUCUGAGAAGUCUUCACCCUCUCAUUUGUCUACCUUGGGAAUCGGCAGAAGCAAGGGCGAAUCAGUAGUCACUGGGACCAAAUCAGAAGUGAACUUGAGGAAGUUGUCUUCUCGUAGUGUAAAGUCACACCAGGAUGUUUGUUUUGAUGAACAGAAUUUGCAAAAUUCGUCGUCAGGAAAACAAAAACAAGAGAAGCCUACCAGAAAAUUAUCUCUGCUCGGCCGAGCACUAACCAACACACGCAAAAUUUCCCUCGGCAGCAAAAACCGAAAAGUAUCGGCGCCAGCUCGACCCACAACAAUGGAUUUAAACGACCAGUUAUCCAAAUCUUACACCGCUUCUCCCGAAAAAUCCCCUUCCAGAAAUAAUUCCUCGUUACUUCUUCGAAAGAUUUCUUCGGCUAAAUACAAACUAACGAAGUCUUCAAUGGAGUCAAAUUCUAUGGAUAAAGAACCAGCAAUGUGUAAAUUUCAUACGAGAAUUAUGAAAUUUAGACGGAAGAUGGUUUGCAAUUGUAAUGCACAAGGACCUAAAGUGUUCAACUCGGUGAGCGAAAUGAGCAGAAGCGAAGACGUGAACACAUUUUGUCCCAAGUGCAGUAAGCCUACUCAAAUGUUAGCCUCAAGCUGUACUCAAAACGCAUUCAAGCAAUGCUACAUGGUUGACAAACUGUUUAAUGACGCAGUAAUACACGAGAGCUUCGGGGCUAGAUUUCUGGGAAAAGAGAGUCUUCCCAAUUCAGUGAUGCGAGACGCAAAGAGGAAUACUGUGAUUAAGACUCUGAUGAAGAAGUUCGAGAAGGGACCGAAGGAUCUAAGGGCAUACCAGAAUGUGUUCCUGUCUAUUGAGGGCGAGUCAUUCAUAGUGACCAAUGUGAUGACUAAAGAAACCAUGUUUGCUCACUCUCUGGACAAUCUGCCUCUGUGGAGUGUCGGAGGGGCCAAGAACAAACUACUCGCUCUAGUCCAGCACCACAACCCCCCUUCCAGCAGAAAGGUGUCCGCCUCAAACCCAAAUAAUGGAAACCAGGGCGGAGGACAUUCAAGGGACCGUAAAGUCAGUUCGACUAGCGGCGACAACGACAAAGAGACUCCUCGAGGCAACAGCGAAGGCGCGGUGUCUACAACAGUGAAGAAAGUAUCAGUUGGUGAAAAUGGGGGAAGGGAGAGGAAAUUGGGAAGAGGAAGUGACUCCCAGCAGUAUAGCUACACUGUGUAUUUCUUCAAGUGCGACGGCGAUGCCAAAGGCGUCGCCGAGGCACUGCAAAAAUGCUGCAUGAACACGCGGAAAGCGAUGAGAACCAGCGCUACGAACACACCUCGGAGCAGUCAGAAUCACGACGGUCAAGGAACUCACCAACGCGUGUCAGUUCACAGUCUACACUCACACUCUCAAGGUCAAGGUCACAAAUCAUCUACAGGACAAAUGACACAAGGUCAAGGUCACAGUGGAUUGAUGAAAAGGCAACAGGUUCCCAGUAUAACUGUGACUGAUCAAGGAACUCUGAACAGAAGGUCAAUGCCAGAGAGAACUGCUGCUAAGAACUCGGAUAUGGAUUUGGACUCCCACGGUGGGAUGGUAGCCGAAUCCACACCUAACUUACCAAGACGUGAAACGAACCACAACAACAACAAUGAUAUUUAUCGAACAAUGUCCCACAAGCCUACGUCACAAAGUCUUCGAAACACAGCCACGCAGUCGAGUUUGAACCAGAUUUCGGAUUCCGGUGAAAAAUCAGGAAAGGUUCCUUUGAGAAGUGCCACAUUUAGCCAAAGCGCAAAUUCCAUCCAGAAACGCCAGCGAACUAUGAAAGAAGUUUACGAAGUCCAGUACAACGGUUAUGUAACAGCGACCAAAGCCGAGGGACUUGACAUAACUAACUCGGCUAUUACGCAACUUGAGGAAAUAUUACAUAAUAUUUACUUCAUUAUUACGCCUGCGAAUAUUACUAUGCGUACAACAUCAAAUGAAACCUCCGAAAAUUUGAAUGACCAAAAAGAAACGCAAGAAAUUGUGAUCGAAUGUAAAUUGAGAUAUUUGUCAUUUUAUGCGAUUGGAAAUGACAUUAACAAACUUGCCUUUAUUUGUGCUAAUCCUGAUGAGCAAAUUGCACACCGAUGUUACGUAAUAACAUGUAACUCGGGCGCGGGUAGAAUUGCCCAAUCGAUUGAACGAGCUUGCAAAGCUAGAAUAAACCACGCGAAAGCGUUCAGCUCUUUCGGAAAGCACGGGAAAAUGUUCACGAGAGGAGUCAAAAAUGAAUCCAAAAAUAGUUCAGAGGAAAACGAAGUACCGGGAGAGCCCUCGAAACCAGAACCCGAAAAUGAUAAUGAGGAAAAUAUGCUUUGAAUGUAAGAACAUGCUUUGAAGAAGAAAAAAAAACGAAAAAAAAAAACGA